UUGGCCUAUACCAGAAAAUGCUCAAGUCAACACUAGUCGCUCUGCUAUUGACUCUACUAGCGCGGAAGUCGUACGACCCGAUGAUAACGAACGAUGUAUCGGAAGAAUACGAUUUUAUUGUUGUUGGGGCAGGUGCAUCUGGAGCUGUGGUUGCGAGAGGACUCUCAGACAAAACUGGGAUGACGGUGUUGCUAUUGGAAGCGGGUGAAUCAGAUUAUAACAAUCCUUUAGUUCCUAGUGCGAUCAAAUAUGGCGAGUUGCAACAAUCUCCUUAUAAUUGGAACUACGACGUAGCAAAACAAAAAUAUUCGUUGCUUGAAAUAGGAAAGAAUGCAAAAUAUCCUGGAGGAAAAAUUCUUGGUGGAUCAACAGCAAUAAACGGAAUGAAUUAUGUGAGAGGAAGUCCACAUGAUUAUGAUUCUUGGGAAGAUCAUGGAGCAAAAGGAUGGAGUUGGAAAGAUGUCGAACCAUUUUUCAGAAAAAAUGAAAACGCUGUCGAUGAUAAAAUAUCAGAAAAAGCAGGAAGAGGAGGUUUACUAAAUAUCAGUAUUUCAUACGAAAAUCCCUUUACUGCAAAAUUGAAGACGGCGGCAAAAGAAAUCGGUAUAAGGGAAGUUGACUAUUUUGAUGAAAUUGAAGGAAUAUCGCGAUUUGUUUGUACCAGAUACAAGGGAUUAAGACAAUCGUCUUCAGAGGCGUUCUUGCGAUCGGGAUAUAAAGAACGACAAAAAAGUUUGCACAUCGUAACAAAUGCACUUGUAAGCAAGAUUCACUUUGUUACUGGAACAAGCGGUAAACAAAAAGCUACAGGCGUAAGUUUCAUUAAAGAUGGGAAAAUAAGCAACGUUAAAGCCAGAAAGGAAAUCAUUUUAUCAGCUGGUGCACUGAGAACUCCACAAAUAUUGAUGUUGUCGGGGAUCGGUCUGAAAAAUCAUCUUGAAGAGAUGGAGAUAGAAGUUGUGAGGGAUUUGCCAGGCGUGGGAGCAAAUUUUCAGGAUCAUUUCGGGCACUUCGUCCAUCACGCCAUAGAAGACAGUCAGUUUGCAUCACAUACGACACCGGAAUCUAUCACGGAAUACAUCAUUAACGGUACCGGACACAACUCAGCGGCCUUGGGUGGCAGUGUCGUUCUUCAUCAUAGGACUAAGUAUUUUGGAACUAAUGUUUCACUUAGCAACAAAAAACGGCCAUUCCCUAGUAUUCAAGCACUUUUCACCUCAGCAAAUAUACCUGUCGUUUUCGAGCCGACGAAAAACCAUACGUUUCAUACCUUAUUACUACUAGCAGUUUUGCAUCCCAAAUCAAAAGGUGAAAUUCGGUUAAAGUCGACGAAUCCGACUGACCAACCUAUCAUUGAUCCAAAUUAUCUGUCGGAAGAAGAUGAUAUAAAGAUGUACAUUGAAGGAUUUAGAAAGCUUGAAGAAUUUGAAAUGACAAAAGCUAUGAAAGAAAUUGGAUUUAGGCUGGUAACACCUCAAGUAUGCAAUGGAUCGCUCUACACUAACCCUCCCAGGCCCGACGAAUUUUAUCGAUGUUACGUUAAAAGUUUUGGGUAUGCAGCACAUGCAUGUUGUACUGCUAAAAUAGGACAAGAAGAUGAUGAAAUGGCAGUUGUUGACGAAAGACUUAGGGUCCGGCAUGUUGAGGGCCUAAGAGUCGCCGAUGCAUCAGUCAUGCCCCAUGUGACGUCAUCUAAUACACAAGCUCCUUGUUACAUGAUUGGACGGAAGGCGUCAAAAAUGAUGAAACAAGAUUGGAACAUGAAUGAAUGAAAUGCAUUUUUUCAUGGAUGAAAAUGAUAAAUAAAGAAUAUGAUAUAUAAUGCAGUUGGUUCUGUUGUUACAAAACGCACGAAAUUAGAAUAGUUGUAAAAAGCGGUUUAAAAGGAGUGAAAGCAAAAUAGAUAGGUUGAAUAAUUUUUUUUAAUUUCAAUCAGAUCGGCAGUAUAAUAUAUUAUAUCUUAUUCUAUGAACUUUGAUGAAGCAUAAAUCAGCAAAUUUUGUUGUAUUCAGUAACCAACGGAAGGUUUGGGUUGCAAAAUUUUAGGAAUCCCUUACCGAGUCGCGACCAAAGAGUAAUAUUCGACCCUUUGUUUAAAACCUAUUUCAGACGCCCAAUCGAGCCUAAUUUUGAAUACCCAUUUUUAUUAAUGUCAUACGACCCCCAAAAUUUACCCAAUAUACAAUAAUUAUAUACCAUUGGAAAGGUAUUUUAGAGUACUAUACGCUAGAUGUCACUGGAGGACCGUAAACUAAAACACCUCUUUCAAGAGGUCUCUCGUAACGUUAAAAAAUAACAAAAAUAUUUACACUCUCUCAUUCUAUCAGCUGUUGGACAUCUAUAGCUAUUGUAAAGCUGAAAUGUGACUAUACAGUUGACUGCACAUUGAAUUUCUCUUUCAUAUGAUACUAAACGCUUUUCCAUAGCGCGCGUUGUUCAAGCGUUUUGUAAAUUUUCCGUUUGAGAAGUCACCACAUCGAAUCAGGCCAGGCUAAGCUUGAUAGAUCGAUCG